AUUAAAAAGGACAUACUAUUGUUUCAUGAAUAUUACUGUAUUAUUGGUACUACUAAGAGUAUAUAAGUAGUAGGAAUAACCACGAGCGAACGCAAGCACACACACACACUCUAUUAUCACUGAUUUUCAUACUACUUAAUUCAGAAACAGUCAACCUCAUCAUCUGUGUACAGCUUAUAAUCAUGUCAAUUUUUAGUCAUCAUAAAAAUGGUUAUUUGAAGAAGGAGAUCAAUCGAUACAAAAUUCGUCAAGAAGAGAAUGGUCUUCUUCAUCAAGCUGGUGAACAGAAAAAUGGAUCAGUUAAUGCGUCUAAAACGAAUGGAUCUGAAAAUGGAAUACUCACGGUCUGUAAACAUAAGAAUGGAGGACAAAAUAAUGGCAACAGUAAUGGCAUGCAUAAAAAUGGAGAAGUAAAAGAGAUCUGCAUGAAUGGAAAUCAUUACAGUGUAUUAGAAGAGAAUGGAAAUGUGAAUAAUGGUGGUCAGAAAAAUGGAAAACAAAAUGGUGGUUUGCAAGAGAAUGGAAGAGUGGAGUGUGGCAGUGGAAGUAGUGGAAGUAGCAGUAUAAAUGGUGAUGUUGAGGAUACUUUUAUACCAGUUAGGAAACCUGGAAGAUAUAUUUGUCGGGGAUUUCAUACAGAUAUUGCCCAUUUAUGCGCUGAAACUGGUUAUCUAAUCUGGAUAGAACCGAAAAAGACUAUGCAUGUGUUAUUCACUUAUGGCGAUACAAAUUGUGAUUUUCUAUGUUACCUAGAACCAGAGGUGCCAGGAGUUACAAUCAACUACUUAGAGCCUAAUCGAAUUAAACACUCACAAGUAUUUGAUGAAAAUGACUAUAGACCAGUACAAAUUCAUUCAGGAUUAGCUGCAUCAAUAAAUGGUUCCACGGGAACUCGAUAUUCAUGUAUCGGCUCCUGUUUGAAUUCAUUUUCAUAUGCUAUAGAUUCUGAAAAUGGUCAAUGCUUUAUAGAAUUAAGCGUGUUGAAUAAGAAACAAAUGUGUGAAUUAGUUGAACCAAUAUCUCGACCAUUUAAACUCAAUUUUCGUCUAGUUCUUUAACUUUUGUUGUUGGUUUCCUUCAGUGAACUGACCUUGACGUGAAAGCAGAAAUUUAAAAAAAUCUUAGGAGAAUCAUUUCAUCUUUUAUUACUGAGAAUUAAUCACACACACAAAAUAGACACCAAACUAUCAAUAAAAAAAGGAGAAGUGUCGUUACUGAACCACCAAGUCUUUAGACUUACUGCUGUAUACCUCAUAGAUAUAUCUUCUAUAAUCUGCAUGGUCCAGUAUUAAUGUAGAGAAAUUUAAAAAAAAACUGUUGCUUAGUUUCUUUUCUAAAUGAGUUUUGGUUUUCUCCCUACACAAACUCUUCUUCUUGUUUCUAG